AUGUCUACAGCAUCUCUUUCCACAACCAUUACCAUCUCCUCAGGAUACACGAACGGCGACUCGAUGGCGAAGAUUUUUACCUUGGUUAAGAACACGGCAAAAAAGGCUAUUCCCUUUGUCAAGAAGAGGGGCAUUGAGACUCUUACAAUGCCUCUGGAAUGUCUAAAGGCGGCUUCUGGGUUAAUCCCGGUACCUGCCCUUGGACCAACAACGGAUAUUGUCCUUUCGAUCUUGAAAAAGGUAGAUCAGAGCCAGCAGAAUACGGGGACCGCCCAUGAAAUUGGAAAUCUGUGCUUGAAGGCUCAUGUCACGUUAUCUGAGCAUCUGCAGAGCGUGGAAAUCACGUCUACACUAUUGGACGGUAUUCGACAAUUUGAAGCGGAUUUACAUGACGUUGAAAACACUGUCGAAGAGUACGAACGAAAGAUGUCGAUGGAUCAAAUUCUUUAUUCUAAAUCAUACAGCGAUGAAUUGCAACGUCUCGAAAAAUGGGUUAACAGUACCCUGUCGCUUUUCCAACACAUCGAACAGAAUACUGUAGAGAAUAAUGCAUCCCUACAGCACAUCGUGAAAUUGCUGCUUAUGAACCGCUCUGAACCUGCUCCGAAACCCGAAGAACCACUGGUAGAUAUUGUGCGGAGAAGUCAGCUCACUCUCUGCGAAGAGAUCUUUCAUGGUCCAGGGUAUAGCAUUCAAAGAGCAGAAAUGGAUGGAAAGAUCGUUACCAUCAAAGUGUUCACAGGCUGUAAAGCGAAAUCGACCUGGGAAGCGUCAAAUUUGAUGGACUUGAAAGUUAUGCAUCCCAACGUAGCUCACCUUAUCGGGGUUUCAAGUUCUGAUGAGCGGGGGGCCCUGUUCUCGGUGUACAAUCUCGAUAUCAAGGACGAUAUUCACGAUGUCAUUCAGUCAUGGUCAAUGAUUGAUUCCGAUAUCAUUCUCUAUCCUUUGCUCGACAAAAUGUUUAAGGAUAUAGACAGCGGAUGGACUCAUUUGUGCGAACAAAUUUGUCUGUUUGCUCCGUUUGGCGAAGUAGACUGUGAUCUUCUUUAUGAUGCCCACGGACGAUUCGUCGUCUCACUCCCUCCAGAAGCGGCCAGCUCCCCAACCGCCUUGGUCUCUCCUGCGGACGAUAUCGAAAUACUUGAGUUUGUGAUGGGCGACACCCGCCAUAACGCUGAGGUUGGUACUCCUGUUUGCUUGGAUUGAACUGCUUGUUGACAGUGCGAAUGCAGGUCGUUAGAGUAAAUCAUAUCGGUUUGUCUAUGCUUGAAUUUGUCCACUGACCAACCACUUAGACGAUAGGUACGUGGGUGAAAGCACAACGUCCACUAAUUUUUCGUUUCAUAUGGACGUGAGCUUAAACCUGCGGGGACUUGUUUGGCAGACGACCAGUGGUUAUGACACGGACGUAUGUGAGAUCUCACAGACAUAUAGCAUUCAUACCGACUUACCUUACAAUGCAGUGAUUCAGGAA